UGGCGCGUCCCCUUCUGACGGAGCGCCAGCGACAUGGGGCAAGGAAACAGUCAUACGGAGGUCCGUGGUUAGUAAUGGCCAAGAGAGGAACAGGCUCGCCUCACGACGUCACAACCUUUGGCAGCCGGUCGACUGAGAGUGCUGGGGCACGGUGAGAUGGAUGGUACGAGAGCGCGGUCAGUCAGCCAGGUUUCGGUGGUUGACAGAGCGAUGAAACAGCAUCGACAGCAGAUCAAGCACCGUUCACCGACCACAAAGCGCAGUCAGCAACCACGUUUGCGGGAUCAUCUGGUGGGAGCAAGCGGAAAAAAAAGCGAUGCACGCUCGUCUCACCCGCGUGCUGCAGCGGGAUUAGGAUGCGCACGUUCGGCGUCGGUGUCGCCUACGGUGCUACGAGGAUCGCUCACAAAAAGGAACGACGAACAAAAGCCACACCCCUGGUUGUGCAUAGGGCACGCCGACAAGAAAGAUCCAGACACUCAGACGUUCUGUACGGCAUGCACGCGGAGGACUGGACGACCAGUGACGAGCCCACGAUAGCAAGGCAUGCUCACCAACACGCGCACGACUUAUUGGCUCACUAAAUGGAAGACUGCGUAUGCCCCCCCUCUUUGCGGUUGGUAGCUUGCGGAAGCACACCACGCACUUGGACCAGACGGACAGAGUGUGCAGAGUCGGAGGGCGCCGUUUGCGAAGGAGGAGAGCAUUUGGUCCGUUGCUUCGACGUGUGCAUCCUCACUGCCUGAGAGACCGGGAACCG